AUGGGGAGGAGGAAACUCAAGAUUGAGCGAAUCGAAGAUAAAAGCUCGCGCCAGGUUACCUUUUCCAAGCGCCGAAAUGGAUUGUUCAAAAAAGCAAAGGAGUUAUCGGUGCUCUGCGAUGUCGACGUCGCUCUCAUCAUCUUUUCCUCUCCCGGCAAGCUCUACCAGUACAGCAGCACCACCAGAAUGAGUAAGAUCCUGCAACGAUAUCAUAAUCAUCCAGCAGCAAAAGAUGCAAUCCCCUCCACACUACAGCAUAAGGUUUAUAACUUUAUAUUACGUAGUUACGACAUCAACUCUUUGAAAUAUCGAAACAAAGAAGCUAAGGAUGAAUAUUCAAGUUUCCUCACAUGUGAGGAGCUCCUUCAAACUGUGGAUAGGAAGCUCGGCGAGCCAUCGUCCGACGACCUCUCAGUCACCGACUUUAUGCAUCUCCAGAAACAAUUUGAGACUGCACUAAUGCAAACCAGAGAAACUAAGACACGUUUGCUACUCAAGUCCAUAUCAAGCCUCAAGGAACAGGAGAAGCUGCUGGAGGAAGAGAAGAAGGUGCUGCAGGGGAAGGUGAAUGAGAGCAAGGGGAAGAGGAAGAGGAAGAGGAAGAGAAUUGCGAUUGAUCUGAACUCGAUUCCUGAAUAA